CUUACUCCAGCUACUGCCUGGGUAUUUAUACUCAACCUGUCUCAUUCACUGACAACCUCCACUUCCAAUCGACCGGCACCACAAGACAAGAUGGCGUCCAGCGGCCAGCAAUACUACGAGCUUUACCGCCGUAGCAGCAUCGGUGCCACUCUCACAGACACCCUCGAUGACCUCAUCACGGACACCCGCAUCGACCCGCAGCUGGCGAUGAAGAUUCUGGCCAACUUCGAUCGCGCCAUCGCGGACGUUCUGCAGGACAAGGUGAAGGCGCGGUUGACAUUUAAGGGAUCGCUUGACACCUACCGAUUCUGCGACGAGGUCUGGACCUUUUUGAUCAAGAAUGUCCAGUUUAAGAUGGAGAAUGGCGGACAGGCCGUGGUGGCCGACAAGGUCAAGAUCGUCAGCUGCAACGCUAAGCGCCCUGGAGAGGGGCAAUAGAUAAAGCGAUGAUCAGAGUCAUCCCUCAGGUUGUUGUGCCGCCUGCAAGUCCCGAUCCUCGCAUGGCGUGAUAGGCACCAGUGCUGGCGGAACGACACAUCUGUGCGGGCUGUUGGGCACCUCGCCCAAGACUCUCUCUUUUUCCUUUCGGCGUUGAGGUUCACGGGUGGCUCCAUCAGGCGUUUUGAGACAGGUUUACAAGGGACACAGGGCUGCGAGUCUGAGGACAUUCUUUCCCAUAGACGCAUAACAGUCUGAAGAACGGGGUUUCUCGUCCAGGCUUUGAGCCUCCUGCAGAGUAAUUUCGUCUUGACAAACCCAUUGCCGGUGUGCUAGUUGUGAUGUGUGACAAGAAUAUGCACUCAGGAAAAGGAGGCAAUAUGCGCUUGUCCUACAUUGUGGCCCUGAUGCAUGUUUAUGAGCCAUUCCAC